AUGAAUACAGCUAAUUUUAUAACUUUGAACACGGCUAGUUUCAAAGAAUGCUACAAAAUUGGAAAAUAAUUGGGAUCAGGUGCUUACGGAGAGGUUCGAUUGUGUGUCCAUCGAGAAACGGGGGCAUAGAGAGCUGUUAAAGUGCUGAAACGAGCAUAAAUGGACUAGGAGGAAGAAAUGAUGUUAGCUGAUGAAAUUAGCAUUCUUAGAGAACUUGUAAGUUCAUCUGAUUUGAUAAUGGACAAUAAAUUAGGAUCAUCCAAACAUUAUCAAAAUAUUUGCAAAGGAGGAGAACUGUUUGAUGAGCUUUCCUCGCGUAAGAAAUUCUCAGAAAGAGAUGCAGCAUUGAUUAUGCACACCAUUUUAAUGGUUGUAAAUUACUGCCAUCAAAAGAACAUUGUACAUAGAGACUUAAAACCUGAAAACAUUUUGCUUGAAGCAAGCAAAGACUAUGAUCAGAUAAAAAUAAUUGAUUUCGGUUCUGCAACUCGAUAAAUUCCUAGCAAGGAUUUACCCCGUCCUAGAUUUUUGGAUUAAAAAGUAGGUACUCCAUAUUAUAUAGCUCCAGAAGUUUUAAAACAGCAAUACAAUCAUUUGUGUGAUCUAUGGUCAUGCGGGGUCAUAGCAUAUGUUCUUUUAUGUGGAAUACCUCCUUUUAACGGUAAAUCAGACUAAGAGAUUAUGAAGAAGGUAAAGAUUGGCAAGUUCACAUUUCACGAAACCCUUUGGGGCACGAUUUCAGAAACUGCCAAGGACUUCAUUACAAAGCUGCUUCAAUAUGAUCCAGAGAAGAGAAUGACUGCUGAAGAGGCUAUUCAGCAUAAAUGGAUAACCUUGAAUCUCACUGAAAUUAUCUACGAAUAAAUAGACUAGAUUCAGGCUUAAGGAGCACUUGCUAACUUGAAGACUUUCAGAGCUGAUUAAAAGCUGAAAUAGGCUACCUAUACUUAUAUAGUAACCCAGUUACUAAGCAAAUCUGAAAAGGAGCAUCUUUCAAAAAUAUUUAAAGCAAUAGACAUCGAUGGCGAUGGGUAAUUAUCUAAAGAUGAAAUUAUGAAGGGAUACGAGAGAUUUUUCGGGCAUAAUUUAAAUAUGGAAGAUGUAGAGAAGAUUUUUGAUUGCGUGGAUCUGAACUAGAAUAACUACAUUGACUAUUCAGAGUUUUUGAUAGCGACAAUGAAUGAGAAACAGCUUCUCACUACAGAGAAGCUAGCUACUGCAUUUAAAAUGUUCGACAAAGAUGCAAGUGGAUUAAUCAGCAAAGAGGAAAUCAAUGAAGUACUCAGUUAUGAAAAUGUACUAUCUAUAGAGACAAUGAAGGAAAUAAUGAAACAGCUUGAUGAAAAUCUAGAUGGAGAAAUUACAUUUGAAAAAUUCACAUAGAUGAUGAAGAAGUGA